AUGGUGCUUCUCUUUGGGAGUUUCUUGCGCCGCCUUACCGGGGCAAAAGCCGCACCACAGAAUACCUCUACCGGAUCCGAAGUACCAAGGCCUGAUACAGCACCUCCGCAAGUUGCAGGAGGCAUCAAUGCAAGCACCACAACGAACGGCGCUCCUGCUGCAUCUUUCACUUCGCCUACAACAUCGGUCACUAAUGAGAAUGGGUCCAUUUCUACUCGUCGUAUGCUCCGCCCCGUCCCACUGAUGAACAGGCGGCAUGCCAAUCGUUCCCAACGCGACUUCUCCGCCGACAUCCUCAUGGAGGACGACGAAGGCGGCCUUCGAGAAGGAUACCUAGGCACAUACGGAAACAUCCAAUACUUCCAACCCCAGGCGACUGACAUUGCCCUCCCAUGCGGCGCCAACGGACUCCACCAGCUUGCCUGCGGCCACUGGAUCAUGGAUACAUCAAGACUAGGCGAGCCCGGACUCCCAUGCGGCCUCAAUUGCAUGAAACCUUCCUUCAACGCCAAACCUUUCCACUGCGCUCAGUGCGAGAGGAUCGUGCAGCACAUCUACUUCAACGAACUCACCGAGGAUGAGCACCGUAAAAUCGUAACCGCACAGCAAGCGGGUCAACAAGCGUUUCUGGUUGCGUAUGUCACGGAGUUUGUUGCAAAGCGCACACAGCUCAAUGGUGGUCUUACGGAGACGAUCAUGUCCAUCGUUAAUAGAGAUGAGUAUGCACGCCCCUGUUUGGAAGCAUCGCCGCCUGAGCCGGUCAAGUACAUGACACCAGCCGAGAUGUGGGGAGAAAUUGACAAGCGCAAGAGAAUUGAGGCUUUCAUGAAGAACAAUGCCCUCGUGGGUGGACAGAAACGCGUGCCGCUCAUGGCUCCCAAUGCAGCGUAUAACGCGAAACGAGUCGCUCUCGCACCGCCUGUCUCAUUCGGGACACCCUCUUGGGAGCAUCAUGCGGGCAGCUUCGUGGGUCCUAUCAUCCGCGAGCGGCGGACGGAGGAUGACGGGGGUAGUAUGCCACGGAAGCGGAUCAAGAUGUCGCCUUGAACGAUGUGUGGAGUAGGGGGGAGUCAUGCAGAUUACUAUGAAGUCGUUCA